AUGGAAAAUGCAUCAAAGUCACUGUCGGUCUGGACAGGCCUUGAUCGUGGUCUGGUUGGUGUUGAUGGCGUUGCUACUCGGAGAUGCAGCACUUCCUUUCUCUCUGCUCUGUACAACGCCUUCAUGGAAGUAGUUGUCUGUGCCGGAGACCCAACCAUCUUACAAAAACUCCUAGAGCCUAUUCGACAAGAACUAUAUCGAUUACAGCUUUACCCGACAUUAUACCCUACGUCCGAUGUGCAGUACAGAUUCCGAAGAUUAUUGGUACAAGGGCUUCAGGCGUAUUUUUAUGGUCACUCACUGCAAAGCGACGGUCCGGAGACAGUACUCGCGGCAGACAAUCUUGUCGCGAGGCGGAGGGAUACAGUACUCCAGAUUUUAAAUUUUCCUCCCUCCCCGCUUCAUUUACUACCAUGGGAACGGUUUCUUCUAAAAGAAAGUCCAGGUAGCGGCGUCAAAUUCCCAGCUCCUCGGCCCCAGUCAAUUACGCGACUCAUGCCAAUUGGUGGUGUUGCACUGCAUCUGAGAUGGUUGAGAUCCAGUUUCCAGUCCCAAACGAAAACGAUAUUCAACGUUGCGUUGCUGCAACAGCACAAGGACCGUCCCUCCACUCCGCUACCAUCUUCUGGGUUAAUUCACCGGCAGACUUGGAUCUCCUUAACACCCAACCAAUACUUUGAACAAUUUGGAACAGACAUGAGAGAUCCUGAAAUCACAGAUAAACUUGAAUCUCUCAGCACAGUAAUUGAACUGCUGGAGAAUGAACCCCUGGCCGACUAUAACAGCGAGCCUGCUGGAUCACUUCAAACAUCAAGCCCCGAAUUGGAUAACUACAUACAAUCUUCAAGAACAGAGAUGUCUGGAAACGAGGUUUCUGCGGUUCACCGUGCUCUCAACAAUCUGUUCACCACUCUGAGUCCAGAGCAAGUGCAGACAUUCUUGUCGGAGAUGAACGCCUCAAGCAACAGGACCAUAGUGGCUGCACCACCGAUUAGCGCUCCAAUCACUUCAGACAGUUUUCAGCUUGUUACGAACCCCACCACUUUCACCUCGAUGGGCUCAAGCAUCAUGCCCCGACCUUCUCCUCGCAGCAAACGCACCCGUGAAAAUGGAAAGCUACGGCCACUCAACUCUUUCAUUGCAUUUCGAAGCUUCUAUUCUGCGGCGUUUCCGGACCUUUCGCAGAAAGUUAAAUCGGGCUUGAUCCGUUUUCUCUGGAAUUCUGACCCCUUCAAAGGAAAAUGGGCUAUUCUUGCAAAAGCUUACUCAGUUAUUCGCGACAAACAUUCAGAGCAAGUUAGUUUGGAGUCAUUCUUGGCUCUGAACGGCCCAUUUAUUGGCAUUGUUCCGGCCGCGGAUUACCUUGCGAUUAUGGGCUUGAAAUUAGUUGAAGGGUCUGAUAAACAAUAUUCCAUCGCCACUACCAGCCACCAAGCGAAUGUCAAUCCUCUGGAUUUGAUCACAAACCUAUCUUCUGAUGAUAUCGUCGACUACUGUUACCAGACUGGUUAUGUUCAGGGCAUCGUCCCAGGAAAAGAUAAAUAUUCUAAAGAGGCAGCUCUAGCUAUGGCUGUCGCAGCCCAGCCAAGUUGUGCUGCUGAUAAACUCCCAACUUCGACCCUUGAUUCGGCCACAGCUUCUACCCAGUUAAUUGCUCGAAGCAAUGUUGAAGAUAUUGCACCCCCGUCGGACAACAACGCUUUGGUCACGACUUCCUCCGAGAUUGUUCGCAGGAGAAUCCCUACCGCUAUUCAUCCAGCUGUUGCAAACAACGCUGCUCUUAUUGCCCAGAAUUUUGGUAACGGUGCGGUCGCAAGCAAUGGUCCUUAUACUGCGGCAGAUUUCGAACAGGAGAUUCGCAGUGUUAUGAAUGCCUUCCCUUUCGAUGCUGAGGAUGAUAGCUACUAUGGGCUUUUCAAUCCUGCGCUUCGUACCCCAGUCGUUGUCUACAAUCCGUAUCGCAUUCAGAGCGACUUUGAUGCUUUCGACGUUGGAGAAUACACCGACAUAUGA